CAAAAAUCGACUGCGCUCAGAAUUUCUGAUUCCCCAACUCAACUCGCCCUGACCACCAUUAGAUUAUACAGCUAUCUAUUGGGAGACUGUCAAGAUGUCGAAGAUCACAGUCGCUAAUGUCCGGACGCAAGUCGGAGAGCUCUUGGAGUACUCCAACGAGACCAAGAAGCGAAACUUCCUUGAGACCGUUGAGCUUCAGAUCGGCCUGAAGAACUAUGACCCUCAGCGUGACAAGCGUUUCUCUGGCACCAUCCGCCUGCCCUCCAUCCCCCGACCCAACAUGUCCAUCUGCAUUCUCGGUGACCAGCACGAUAUCGAUCGUGCCAAGCACGGUGGUGUUGACGCCAUGUCUGCCGAUGACUUGAAGAAGCUCAACAAGAACAAGAAGCUCAUCAAGAAGCUUGCCCGCAAGUACGACGCCUUCGUCGCUUCUGAGGCCCUCAUCAAGCAGAUUCCCCGUCUCUUGGGUCCUGGUCUGUCCAAGGCCGGCAAGUUCCCCACUCCCGUCUCUCACGCCGACGACCUGACUGGCCGCAUCAACGAGGUCAAGUCCACCAUCAAGUUCCAGCUCAAGAAGGUUCUCUGCAUGGGUGUCGCCGUCGGCAACGUCGAGAUGACCCAGGAGCAGCUCAUCGCCAACAUCAUGCUGGCCAUCAACUACCUCGUCUCUCUUCUCAAGAAGGGCUGGCAGAACGUUGGAAGCCUUACCAUCAAGGCUUCCAUGUCCCCCCCAAGCGCCUGUACUAAGCGUGUUUCUUUAGCCUCUGCCUGAGAUGGCUCGGCAAUCGUGUUCACUGAAAUGUGGACUGCAGCUUAGAAUAGGAUGGCAGGAAAAAUAAACACAAUGAGACAAAUGUGCUUGUUUGACGUGAUUGUCAACUGAACCUAUCAAAUACUUGACGAUUGUGUGCACUGGAAAUGGUGGAGAAUUUUCAGACUUCAAGUUCACCUAUCGUUGUCUCCAUCGCUAAGCUCAAUGUUGUGUAGGGGAACAUCAUGAAUGCUAGGAUUACAACCUAUCACUGUUUGCAAAUUUACGGCACCUUGGGCCCUAUAGGACUAUCAGUGACGUGACUGCAUUUCUUGAAGUCAACUCAAUUUCCAGAUCAUUAACUGCGGGGAGAUGUGAGCAGGGGUUCUUCCAAGCGAAGCGAAUUGGUGGGAGAAAGGAAUGACCUUUUUGAAUGAAAGAUAAUUACAGCGACCAAAGGUGGAAUCAUGGAAACCGAAUUUUUGAUGACCUUGUCCCAUAGAGCCGAAAAAAUUG